UGGGCGCAUUGUUUUAAAAAUCUUCUCUUACCUUUGCAACAUUGCGCGUUAUGAAUUUUGGGGUGUGUCUACUAUCUGCAGCGUUAAGUGCAAUGAUAUAACUUAAGUUUCCAAUGACACCAGAUCACAUCAGCCUAAAUUAAAUGCAGUGACCUGUGGUUUUCUGUAAAUACAUAGUUUUUGUACCGGUGCUCCAGCCUAGUCCUCGGGAGUUUUGGGCUCGGUCAUUCCUGGACUCUACCAUGAGCUGUGACGUCACCGAAAGAUGGUCACCGAGAACUCGCCCGUUCUCUCCCAGACUUCGCGCGGACAACGGAUCAAGAGAGAACGCCUAGGGACUAGGCUGCGGGUGCUCAUUGUCACGGGCUUGCACACCCGCAUGAUUUCAGCCAAUGUUAUUCAGUCUUCAGCCAAUCACCUUUCACCUUCGAAUUAAACUAGUGCUGAGCACGCUUUGUAGCCGCUCAGUAAUGUUGUAGUGAAUGAUGCAUCUGGUAAAAGCGAAACGAAAUAUAUUGCGCGCGAUACUGUAGGCAAUUUUACUCUUUGUGUCUUGGUUGUUGUUGCACGAACUGGUACAACAUAUAACUGUGUUUCCGGGCCGGCUUAAAAGCGCACAUUGAUAGUUUUGAAAAAAACUAUUAAGAAAAUAAAAGAAAAUUAAAUCCCAAACUUGUGUCUUCGUAUACGUGAUUAACCCUUUAAGCCCCAAUAUCCACAUACAAAUUCUCCAAACUGAUCUCCAUACAUUUCCUUUAAGAAUUAGUAGAGAGAAUUUGAUAAAAGAUCAAAGCAUUUUCUCUAUGGUGAUCAUUUUAUUAAUUCUCAUAACUUUAUCUCUUGACAGUGUAUGGAUAUUGUUAGGAGAAAAUUGUUGUUGGUCACUAUUGGCACCUAAAGGGUUAAAGAUGGCUUAAUUUUACACCCUCUUUUUGCCAAAUAAGUCAAAGGCUAAAAGUUGUUGAAAGAAUAAAAAGAUAUGUAGGAGAGCUUUCAAAUUGCUUCCGUAGAUUUAAAAUUCAUGUUUUAGUUAGUCUAAAAAACUUGUCUUAGGCAAAUUAUGAAAAUUUCAAUCUACGACGUAUUCAACGGGAUAUCAGUAAUUUAGCUAUCAUAGAAAUCUGAACCCCUUCAUCCCCUAAAAGGCGAAAAGAUGGCCGUAAAUGUCGUUCGGAGCAAAGUGUCCAAACUAAAUUUUUACGCCAAUUAUUGACAAAACAAAGAACCUUUCUAAUCGUUCCGGGAACCAGAAGGUUUCAAUGAGGUUACUAUAAGACGUAAUUAGGCAGCUUAAGCAGCAACGUUUUUGAGCGACACAACUCAACCGGAAGUGAGCUUAAUAUGCCUUGACACCACCAAAUUUGUAUGGCUAAGUGUCUUUACUCUUAUAGAGACGAUUUUCCCAAAAGUUUGUUUAAAAUCACAGCUCAAGUGUGCAAAAAGAAAAGCAGCGAUGCUAUUGAGUGACGCACAUUAACCGGAAGUGGACUUUCCCUAUUAUCUGAAGGUCUUAAUAUUAAUUGUGUGUAGUCGUAUCUGACAUGUUUACAUCAAUAUGAUUUUAGCUUUCGUAUUUAACUUCUUAGAACGUUGGCUGUGAUAAUGUAGUGGAUUCUAAUACGAGGCCUGAUCGUUGUCUCAAAUGCGGGGGGAAUGGCGACUCGUGCCACCACAUCGACAAAAAUUAUACACGGUCUCACACUCAAGCAGGUAAUUAACAAUUAUUGAACGAGGCUGAGUAUCAUCUGAGGAAUUCUUCAGAUGAUACGAAAGCCGAGUUCAAUAAUAAAGUUUUAUUAUUUCUUCAAAUAAUUCCUAGUUUAAAAACAAGCUUAUUAGAACAUCUUUACCUCCAUCGAUGUUAAGUUCAUCUUCGAUAGUGCAAGUUUAUAGGCGGGUUUAGGAGAUAAGGGUUGUUCAGUGCAGCAACUUUUCUCCAAAUAACAGAAUUAGUCCGUUGAGUUGUCUUCUUGCUGUUCUUGCCAUGUUUUUAGCCAGUAGUUCGCCUAUUUCUUCCUCGUGAAACGAGCGAAAUUUUCCACCAUUUUUUUCUCACUGCCAAAACAACUCAACUUCUUCGCCAGGUCUCUUAGAUUAAUGGUUCGAUAAUCUGGCAAUUUUGCUACACUCUUGACGUCAAUUUUCACACAUCGCAAUAUUUAGCAAUUAAUGAAUUUAGCUGAGUAGUAUAUGAAAGAAUUAAGCAGAUCGUUAGAAGCCUGAAAAAAAUUCAAGACUUCCCGAGAUGUCCAGAUGCCAAGGUGUAGAAUUACGAUAAGUGAAGUCACCCAUGAACUUUUAAUACGCCUCCUGAUCUCCAAAACUUCCAUUAAAAAAAUCGUUAAAACCUUUUCUGGAUUUUUGAACGCGGGAAAACUUCAAACCGAGCAAAACCUCAUAACUCAUCGUCCUUCCGGUCUGCAUUCUUCGCCAUACUUGUUUUGAACAGCAACAACAGCAAACCUUUAUUUGCAUGACUAUAAGUUAUUACAGUAUUUCAAAAGGAUAGGGAAUAAAGAAAACAAAGAAAAAAAUACAUUAUUUCUAGUAAAAAUUAAGUGCCAUUAUUCUGAAGUGAUAGUAAGUUAUCACGUAAAUUAAUUGAUAACAUAGUUUAAUCACUAAGUCCGAGUAGGGUAUUUGCUUAAAGUUUUUUUAAAAAAAAUUUUGUAUUUGAUGAAAAAAAAAACGUUUCUAAGACUUGAAUAUUUCGGGAAGUGGAAGAGAAAGUGAAUUUUAUCUUCAUUUUGGUUCAAAUUACAAACUGGGCAAAAUCUUUUGUCCCGAAGGGUUUUGAAGGAAAAUUGGUACUCAGUCUCACUCGGCCAAAUUUCUUAACUGGGUGAUCAUGUAAACUCGGUUCCAGACCCCGCUGCCAGCUCCCCCUGAUUACCCCAUUUUCAAUGUCCCACGAUAAAUUUUCAGUCUCUUAUUAAAGAAAGUCGAGUAAGAGAGCGCUUAUCGUGAAUAUUGUGUUAUUUUCUUCAGGCGCUGCAAAUGCUGAUACCAUUGUCGAACUUCCUGUUGGAACCUUUGAAGUCAAAUUUCAAAUGAAGAAACAAACGCGCAAUACUCUUGGUAAGAGACAUAAAGAAGAAACAGAAAUCUAAGUGUGGAAUAAUCAUAAUCAUUUUAACACGCGACGGAAGCGGCAUAACUAGUCGACAAGGUGGUACAUUCCUCAAAAAUCACUAUUUUUUGAUAUGUUCUUUUGCAAAAGUAUUCCCAGGUAUUCUUAAACUAUAGCAUGAGAUGAGUAUAUUUUUAUACUUUUUGUCUUGUUUAGUUACCAUGGCAACCAAUAAUGCUAAAAUUAACCCCCCUGGGAUAACCGGUACAAAAACACUUCUAUCUCCAAGACAUUACAAGGAAAACUGCUGAAACUUUUGGAAUUUCAUCUACAUACUCUAUUUUAUGCAAUGACCUAAAGGCAUUCUUAUCAGACUAAUAGAUACAAAAUUAUUGCAAUAAACAUAUUGACAUUCAAAAUAAACUGAAUUAAGGAUCCAGUUUUGGGCCCUCAGACAACAAAGAUUACACCAAGAUAAAUGAUUGUAGUUCAUUGCAUGUAAAAACAUACAAAGAUUUCUCACUCCAAAAAUGAGAAGAAUUGAAUAAAACCAUGAAAAGUUAUGGUUGCUAGAGUGUUCAUAGUUCCGAAAAAAUGGUUUAAAGUUUGAGAAAUAGAAUUCGCAAUGACUGUAACAGAGUUUCCAAAUAGACAACUCUCUAGAACUGUCCUGAGGCAUAGUUCACACCCUCUCUUUGUUUGUUUUUGUCCUCUUUUCUUUUUUUUAGUCCUCUUAUGACUUUUCUUCUCUUUUUGGUGCUUGCCUUGCUUUUAUGUUCUGCACCAUCCACGCAUAGCUGAUCAAGAAGCUUACAACCCUCUUCUGUAUAUAUGCUUGCAAAAUCCUUAUAACAGUAACUUCUCCAAUAUUAAAAUGAGCAACUGCAUCAUACAGUCCUAGUUCUAGUGUUUCCCGUCCAACAUAAACUUCUUUUGGGACUCUCUGCCAGAUCAUUCCAUUUAAUGAUUCAUUCUGAUUUUGCGUCUUACCAUGCCAGCAUUUUUCCUGUAAAAUGUCAUUGCUGAGUCUAACAUAUUCUGGCUCUAACUUUGCAAUUAUCUCAAGAGGUAAGCCAGGUCCAUGUUUGUACAGCUUGGUCUGAUUUGCCUUAUCUUGUUGAUAACGGCACCAACUUGCACUGCCAGUUGGGCAGUGGUCAUGAAGGGGGCGUUGCUCAGUGGAUGCACAAUGCAUUAGGCUAGCAUGAAUUGCUUUCUUCAUGCCAGCAAGAUUUCCAACAUUUGAUCUUAUGGCUAUGCCAUAAUAGUUUUGAAGUUUGUCUAUUUGACUAUCAGUCAGUCUACCCUUGCCUCCUAAGCCUGGGUUCUCUCUCUUUAAUUUACGAAGUGCAGUUCCCACUCUCUUCUUGACAUGACCAAUGCAUUCCUUCUUUGCCAUUUCUAUUCCAUCAUCUUCAUAAACUCCUUUCACCCUUGUGAAGCUUUUACUGUCACCAUCACCAUAAAAUUCAGUGUAUCUGAGGUUGUGUUUUUCAACAGACCUCCGAAAUAUGCGAUCUGCUCCCUCCGGCUCGAUGGCUGGUGCUGAUCCCCGGAACACAUUGUGCUAUAUUCCAUCAACAGAAGGCUGAAACUGCCACAAUCGCCACACCGUAGCUGCUCAAAAACAGAUGACAGCACCUCCAUAUCGAAAAAUCAAAAUCCGGUGAUAGUGGGACUAUCUUCCUCUGAAUAUUUAUCGUGUACCUUUGGUUUAGGCUUCUCGUCUUCGGCAUUUGUCACGAGCUUUUGAUACGACGCUGAACAUUCUUUCGCUUCCUCUUGACCAUCCGAAGAACUCAUUGCCGAUCCACUUGAAGUGCUUUCCACCGGCACUAACCCUUCUUCAUUCACUCCUUGCCUACUAGUAAACCGAUUUCCAUAAAAUUUUCCUUUCUUGCGUCUUUGAGAUGAAAAUUUCGGCGUUUGGUAGGUCAAACUAGUGUUCACUUGCGAAGAUCUACAACUUGACGAUUGCAAAAUGGCUGAUUGUUUACCGUCAUAUAAAGCAAAACUAAGUGUAUUAACUUUUAGUGGCCGCCUAUUAGAGUUGACAACAAUAGAGGAACUCUUGCCGGGAUAUCGAACAAAAGAGGCAAGGCUGAUUUUAAAGUCGGCAAUUUAUAUUUUUUUAUUACCAAUAUUUCGGAAGGCAAGGCCUUCCUUCUUCAGGGUCUUAAAUACAAUUAGUUGAUUACCGCCGCCCGGUUAGCUCAGUUGCAUAAGCGCCGGUCUGCCGAGCGGGAGGCCGUUGGUUCAAGUCUCGGCCGGACCAACACUCAGGGUCUUUAAAUAACUCAGGAGAAAGUGCUGCCUUUGUAAAGACAUCUGCAAACGGUUAGACUUUCUAUCUUCUCGGAUAAGGACGAUAAACCGUAGGCCCCGUCUCACAACCCCUGCAUAUGUAAAUUCUGUGGCACGUUAAAGAACCCACACACUGUUCGUAAAGAGCAGGGGACGUAGUUCCCGGUGUGGUGGUCUAUCUUUCAUGGGGGGAGCGACUGUUACGUGCGCGCAGUAAUUGGCGUCAUACUGUCGCUGUGACCCUGCCAAUAAUUGGUGAAUCUAAUAAAAUAAAAAUAAAAUUGUGGUGGCCACAUAUUAAAGACAGGUUUAAUUUACAAAUCUAUUUUACAAUUAUUUCGGGACUCUGAUCAUUGGCCGCUUAGUAGAGGGUGGCCGCUUUGUAAAGGUCCAACUGUAUUCUGGUCAUGAAAAUGCCCUAACAACCCGAGUGUGUUCAUUUCUAGGUGUCCAAGACGAGAACGGUACUUAUUUGUGCGGGGGUCAUAUGGGUUUGUCCCAAAGUGUUAAAGCAGCUGGAACGGAGAUCAUCUACACUAACAGAAGACGCAAUUUCAAAGACUCGCUCGAUAUUGCUGGCCCCACAACUGUCCUUCUCAAAGUCAUGGUAAGUAUGUAAUUCCCUGCGUUCAGAGCCUUCAUUACAGGCGUCGAUAGGUGUGGAGGGUCGGUAUGAAGGGAAAAAAGUGAGGGGGCUAAGCGUCUUUAACAGUAUCAUGAAGGCUUCAACAGCCUAGGCUAGAUAUGCUAUCAAAAAUCCAGUGAAUUAUUUUUAAUCUUUCCACUUCUAAUACUGACAACUUCCUAAGAAAUUCCAAAUUUCAUGUGCACUAUCCUAAAACACAAAUAAAACUGCCGGCGGGGUUUCUGGCAUGCGAAUGCAGUCGUCUCAAAUCGCUCCUCGCUGCUUGGGACGGUUCGCGGGACGUCCCGGGCGACGAGGAGCCAGCAAAGACUCCGCAAGCUUUGAGACUCGUAAAACGGAAUGAUUCCAUCCACAAUCUGUAAGUUAGUAGAACCACAUUAUGGCUAACAAAGUUUACUCUGAUUUAUUUCGCCUCUCUUCCAGUACAUUUAUAAACAAGGUGUGAAUCCAGGCGUGGAUUACACAUUGAGGAGACCAGUACAAAGAGGAGAACAGAAACCAAAGUUAACAUACCAAUGGAAAAUUGAUCCCUGGUCGUCAUGUCCAGUUACCUGCGGUAAAGGUAUACAAAUAUUGGGCAUAUUCAUUACAUUCUAACUUUCUAUUUUUACAACACGUCAAGGUUACGCGCGUGUUUAAAAAUUAUUGCCAAUUAUUUAGGCUGAGGCUAAGUAAACACAGAACCAGACGAAUUGUUUUAGACCAGUUGAAAAUUCGCUGGCUUAGGUGUUCCGUUCCACUGAAACACCUUAUUCGUACAAAAUUUCGACUCCUAAUCGCUCAAAAAAAUGAACGCCAAAUUAAAGGAGCUAUGUCAAAAUUCUAAUGGUAGGAACUGCCACUAAAUUCAGUGAAACAAAAAAAUAAUAACCCCUCAAAACAUUACAAGAUGGUAUAAAUAACACAGCAAAUAGCAAAGUAAGCCGACGGAUGAACAAAUUUGAAGAAGACUAGCACGGAAUGAAAGUGUGGGUCUUAAGAAAACUUGUUAGCAUAACAGUUUUUCAAAGUUGAUUUUGUUGUUUGUAACGAUUGAUAUAAUGCUCGGGAAGUAUAUUUGUUAAACAAGAAGCUGUUAUUUUCUCUUUUACAAGUAAUGUUAACGUCAACUUGCAUAACGCAUAAGGAAGCGAACUGGGAAUACAUGGAAAUACAUGGGAAACUCCCCUGAGCCAACAAUUUGCCCUAAACGAGUAGUAAGUGUUAAUGUUGGCUCAGGGGAGGGGUAGGUGGGGAGUUUCCUAGAAACCUAAAUUGAUACCAUGUUUUAACAAAAGGAACUAGACAGCCGUGUCACAACUCCUUCAUGAUACUGAGUUUUUGUUUCUAGGGAUCCGUACACGAUCCAUGCGAUGCCAGGUAGCUGAAGAUAGUACGCCCGCAAGUGACGCGGCUUGUGGAACACGCCCAGCAACUCAGAAAAUUUGCAGUAAACCUGACUGUCCUUCUUCGUGAGUAUAAUUUUCCAUGGGUUGUAAAAUAUACAUUGAGUUCUCUUUUUGCCCAAAAACCGCGCGUAAAUACUGAGCGAGUGCCCCCUGGGCAUCCCAUAAUACUCCUUAAGUCUAUUAAAUUCAAUAUGGCCGCCUUAUCGGUAAAAAGGUCUAUUAUGCGAAUUAAUUUAUUGGGCACUUUUGAGAAGAGUGGGGAAAUCAGAGUAAGGUAAAAUGUGCAAGGAAAAGGGUUGAAUACGGGGUUUAGCACCGAAAUACAGUGAUUAAGGUUAAGCACUGUCUUAAAAACGGUUAGCUUCCAAUAUUGUAAUGCAAUGCCAUGUAAAGCACGUUAAAAUUAACCGGUGUCGGCAGUUAGGCAUUGAUGGUGUUGUGGAUACGGAUGUGCAUGGAUUAUACAUCAAAUGAUGGGGGUUAAAGUUCUACAUGCUACGUACUGUUUUCUUCCGUUCGGUUCCUUCUCUUGUUUACUUGUUUAAGAUAUAAGACUCCUAUCAUGUAUUUUGAGUUAAGAUGACAAUCUCAUUUUGGGGAAUCCAUUAUAGUCUCAACCAUCUGCCACAAGGGCUCUAAGACUUGAAAAACAUCAGCUCCAAAUUUAAUGGAAAACGUCAAACUAGGAUCCAGCUGUUAUACCGUGAAAUUCCGAAAAUAUGCUUCGGGGCUUAUAUUUUUUAAAGGCCCUUUUUGAGGGGCUUAUUUUUGGAGGGGCUUAUAUUCGAAGGGGCUUAUCUACGGAGGAAAAUUUGCGUUUCAAAAUCGAUAGGGCUAGCCUUGUAGUUGGAAGUAAAUUUACCGAUUUCCUUUGUUUUACUUUUUAUUAUAGGGCAAUUUUCCAGGUACAAGCCCCCGAGGGGGCUUAUAUUUGGAGGGGCGAUUUAACGGAGGGUUUUUUGCGUUACCGGUUUGGGGGGCUUAUAUUUGUAGGGGCUUAUACAUGGAGGGGCUUAUUUUCGGAAUUUUACGGUAUAUACAGUCGAUAAUUCGAACCUUCCAGGGAAAUCGAGAAACGUUCGAGUUAGCGGGAGUUCGAGCUAUCGGGAGUUCGAAGCAAAUAACCCACAAAAUAAGGAAAUGGGAUGGGGAAUGAAUGCAACUAACAUGAAUACUUUAAAGCUUGAUACCAGACUUAUGAAAAAGUAAAGACAAAGAAUACAUGGUUGGCAACCGUUUUAACAACUGUUGUUAAAAUAAUUUCAAGGUUUUAGACUGCAGUACACAUUUUUUUCGUCUUGCCGGGCGUUUAAAGCAUCGUUCGGGUUAUCGAGGGUAAAUUUAUAAAGAAAUGAUGUGAAGGGAAAUAAGAAUUACUUCGAGUUAGCGGCAGGUUCGAAUUACCGAGGGUAUAAUUAUGGUAAUUGUAUGAUGGAAAUCCAGGGGAAAUCGAUUUUGGUUCGAGCCCGGGGGGGGGGGGCACUGCCAUAUAUGGGCUAUAUAGGUAUGUGCCGCUGUGAAGGGUAUGGUUUUCAAGCAGUUUACUCUGGGAUAGGGUAUAUAAAUCAGAGUGUUUGGGUCUAGAAUAGGGUAUCAUUUUUCAGGAAACUGAUCAGUUGGUUGAAGAUUUUAUCUGGAGUAGGGAAACGGGGAAUUGCCACUCAAACAUAUAAAAAAAUCAAAUUUGAAAUUUGAAAUUUACACAACUCAGCUUGUUUUGGCUAGACUAUGCUAGUGACCUCAGUAGUUUAUGGAAAACAGCUACUCUAGGAUAGGGGGGAUUUGGGGAGUUUACUCUAGUAUAGGGUGGCAAAAUUCAGCUGAACUAGCUCUGGUAUAGGUUAAGGGUUCCAGGGUACCAGCGGCACAUCCCCACCCAGAAAUUUCUAAAGUACCCCCCCGGGGGUUCGAGUUAGCGAGGGGUUCGAGUAAACGGUCAUUUUGCUUCGAGGGCGGCGUUUAAUCGGAGUAAAUUUGGUAAGUUCAUUACUCAUCCGUUAUUUCUUACAGGUGGUUUACCACUCCCUGGACAAUUUGUUCAAAAUCAUGUGGCAAUGGACGGCAAAAUCGCAGUGUUAUAUGCCGCAAAAAGAUCGAUGCGAAAAACUAUGGACUCAGUAACAAGUGUUCAUUAAAAACCAAACCCGUUGUUAGUGACACAGUAAGGUCUUGUAAUAAAAUCGCGUGCGCUGCGGAUUGGGAGACCACGGAGGGACCGCCGGUAAGUAUACUGAAAAGGGACAUUCACAGGAGCCCAUAACCUGGAGUAAGCAGUUUCAGCCUAGACCUGUCACGUCGUUUUUACGCACCCGUUAAUUUUUGCUGCAGACCCAUUUUUGAACAUUAUUAUUUCGAAAAAAUUAUAGUUCCGCUCCGUCUGUGUGCGCAUUCGAGUUAUGAGAUACAUAAAUAAACAACGAAAACUAAACGACAUUAAAACAUCAGUAUGUAUAGGUAUACGUAUAGGUAUAGGUAAAUCAUUUAUAUUCACAUGCCUUCCCGCAUACUAAUUCGGUAUAGGUUUACUAAUGAGCGUCUCCCUUAUUCACUAGAAACAAUAGGCUUGCCUCGGCUUGCCCGUUAAGUAACUUGAGCUCGGUUUUCAGACCGUCUAUAAAAGGAAAAUAGGCAUAAGAGAAGCGAUCACCUAGCAACGCGAGAAACGGCUUCCUAUCUUAUUUAGCGCUAAAACUCAGACAUAUGUAUGUGUGUAAAUCUUUAUUUAAACACGGGAAAUCAUCAGUUAAGCUUAAGUUAAAAACUAAAACUAAUUACAACUUCUUUACAUGAUUGCCGUGUGGGAAUCCGAUAUAUCAGCUACCUUCUUGAUAUUUCGCUUAAAAUGCUCAACGGAUGCAGCAUUUUUUAAGUUUUUGGGCAAGUUAUUCCAUUACAUGGCCCCGCUGUAAGAGAAGCUUCGUUUCAAAUAAUUGGUGCUUGAUUUGGACAGGGUCAGCCUUCCCUCAGAGUUUCUUAAAUUGUAAGCAGAGUGACGCUGAGAGAAGAGACUUUGUAGAUAUUCCGGAGCAAGGUCAUUCAUGGUUUUAUACAUCAUUAAGGCUUUUUGUUUCUUUCGUCGACAUAUAAACAAAACACAUACAGAAAGUGGAGUUGAAAAGUCUUUAUUUCAAUUAAGGUUACGUCUUCUUAUUUAGCGCUAAAACUGGGAUAUAUAAACAAAACACACGCACAUAUACACAAAGCGGAACUGAAAACACUCUAUUUCAAUUUUGUCUGACUAUUAGGCCUGUUUCAAACGUCGUGCUACUGCCGUGCCAAGCUGGCUCGACUGUAGCUCGACUGCAGCACGACAUUAGCACGACUUGAUUUCAGACGUCAAUUUUAUUCAGUCGAAUACAACGGCUGUUGCCGAAAACAAAAUGCAAUAAUAAAGAAACAGUUCAGCAAACUUUUAAAUGUAUUCUAAUGCAUCUGCAAUUUAUGAAUUGAGUGCGGCACGGCGGUAGAAAGACGUUUGAAACCAAGUCGAGCUACUGCCGUGUAGCACGGCAAGGCUUGCUGCGCUACACGGCAGAAGCACGACUUGGUUUCAAAAGUCGCGCUACUGCCAUGCUAAAGUCGAAUUUAAUUCGAUCAAUUGAGUUCGGUACGGCAGAAGCACAACGUUUGAAACGGGCCUUACACAACUGUUUUCUCCGUUCUAUCUCGAGGAAAUGAAAAACUGUUAAAGUCUAAACGUUUCACGCGCCGUUAGUCAGGUAGUUAUGCGAAGUGGAGUACAAAUUAGCUCUACAGGAAAAACCUCAAGGGAGCAUCUUGACGUAUUAUUAUAACACAAAUAACUUAACAAGGAUCAAUUGAUUAAACGCGAGACUAAGAAUUGCUAGCAAUAAAAGCAGACACGAAAUACCGUUUAAAACAAAAAGAUUCAAAUACACAGCGAUUUGAAAGAAAUCUAUUAAAAUAGUCAAAGAAAGCAAGCUAUCUUUUUUUACCAAGUUUCCCUCCCCAAAUUUUUUUAUUCCCUCCUCCAAAAUUUUAUUGUUUUCGCUCCUCAUUCUUGAAUUUCCUCCUCCACAAUUUUAAUAUUCUCCCUCAAUUUUUCUUAUUCAUUCCACCACAAUUUUAAUAUUUUCCCUCCUCAAUGUUAUUAUUCCCUCCUCCACAAUUUUAUUAUUUUCCAUUUUUAUUUUGUGGAGGAGGGAAUUCAAGAAUGAUGAGCGAAAAUAAUAAAAUUGGAGUUUGACUAAUGGUCGCGGGUCGCGGGUCGCGGGUCUAAUGUCGCGAGUCGCGGGUCCAAUGUCGCGGUCGCGAGUCCAAUGUCGCGGUCGCGGGUCCAAUGUCGCGGUCGCGGGUCCAAUGUCGCGGUCGCGGGUCCAAUGUCGCGGCAGGGGAAAAUGAUUUGAAAACGACUGAUAUGAAAACAAUAUGAAGGGAAAAAAUCUUUUUUAUGCACGAUACUCUACGGUAGCCAAUUUCCAGGUUACGGAUGUUAGAGUGAACAAAAUUAUGUCUCAAGAAAAGACCUAAAAGAAAAAGCUGGCCGACUUUUGUGUUCACCGCAAGUUUAUUUUGUUUUCUUUCUGUCGGGCCCAGUUAAGUGUAAAUUCAGCUUUGAAUAUACUUAUGUAUAACAGUAUCUGAUAAAAAAUGUUACCAUGAGUAACCAUUAUUUUCUUCUUGUCUAUGAAUUGCUCACAAAUUCUUAGGGGUGCAUUCACUGAAAAAUGUGCGAUACAGUUCAUAGACUAUAAAUUAUAAACGUUUCAACAACUUAAAACCUUUUCUAAAAAAGGCUAACUCGGGCUCGAAAAGCUACGAGUCUGUCGGUAGAAGAAACGAGAACUGUUUCAAUUUUAACAAAUGUUUUCGGCAAAAAUAAAGAAAACGCUUGUUGAAAAACUUCCUGGUCGCUGUUACGAAAAAUUGUAUUGCGUGACCAGUGUGACUUUCUAGAAGCUUCGCGAGAGUUCAUAAUUUGUUUAUUUUAGGAUCUUGUGUAAGCGUUUCUAAAAGCGGUAUAUUUUGUAAUCUUUCUAUAAUUAGACUAUUUGGAAAGUUCUAGAAUCUUACUGUAAACGUAUAUAAGGUAGGCGAGCCCGAGUUAAGUUUCAACUAGUUUUCACAAGCGAAGAGAGUUUGACGUUGGUCGUGUUUAGUCAAGUCUGAAGAAGGCAGUGUUUAUUCAAGUUGGCGGAGGCCGUGUAAGUUUAACGAGUUACGUGCUGUUGUGGAGUUUUACUCAGUGGAAACUACGUUCAUCUUUGGAAUGAAUCUUCUUGUUGCUGUUCCGACAACCCUGCGUUCAGUUUAGUUUGCAAGCUACCCGUCCUCUAAAAGAUUACCCGCGUAACAGUCGCAAACUCCCAAAAUAAACUCUUUCACAAGUAACUGGAAAGAGGAGGAGAGACGUUGGGCUUGAAGUGCCAGUAAAGUACAUUCAAGCGGGUAUUCAAGGCAUGACUUUAAUAAAAAAACAAGUAAUAAUCCACAGCAAGAGGGGAUAAAGCUCGAGCUUUAUCCUCUCUUGUCCACAGAAAGGAGUUUGUUCCCAAUAACGAUUGAAAUCCGGAAUCCAAUGGACAAAGACUUGAAUCCAGUACCUGGAAUCUGGAAUUACGUACCUAAUUUAUUAUCUUUUCUUAGCUCUGGUGGAGUUGAUAACUUACCGUUUUCAGUGUCCGGUUUACUUUCUUUUUCAGCUUCAUGAUAUCGGGCGUUAUUAUUUCCUUACCUACUUACUCACUUAGUUAUUUACGAUGCAUGUUUUCAAGAUUUGACUGAGACGCACAUUGAAUGGCUUCCUAUUGUCAGGUUGUCCUGGUUGCCAUUUAGGUGAAGAGAACAAGAAGACAAUCAAUCAAUCAACAACUUUAUUUAAGUGUCUAGUCUUCUAGCUUGCCGUCAGGCCUACUAAUCGGGGAAGAAGUUAUAUUGAACUCUCUGGGUUGCCGUCUCAGUUGUAAAAAUAAAAGCAUUAAGCGAAAAUCUUGCUUCGAGGAACAGACUCCUUUCUGUGGAUUAUUACUUGUUUCCAUAUUAAAUUCAUGCCUUGAAUACCGCUUGAAUGAAGUUUGAUGCGCCUAUUUACAUUUUCUUUCAGUUUUGCCGAAAACAUUUGUUAAAUAUAAGAGUUCUCGUUUCUUCUACCGACAGACUCGUGCUCUUUUUGAGCCCGAGUUCGCUUUUUUAAAAAAAAAGGCUUUAAGUUGUUGUAACGUUUAUAAUCUGUAGUCUAUGAAGUGUAUCGCAUAUUUUUCAGUAAUUAAACCCUUAAGCAUUUGUGAGCAAUUCAUCGACAAGAAGAAAGCAAUGGUAACUUAUGGUAACUUUUUUUAUCAGAUACUGUUAUGCAUAAGUAUAUUCAAAGCUGAAUUUACACAUAACUGGGCCCGACAGAAAGAAAAAAAAAUAAACUUGCGCUGAACACAAAAGUCGGCCAGCUUUUUCUUUUAGGUCUUUUCUUGAGACAUUAUUUUGUUGACUCUAACAUCCGUAACCUGUAAAUUGGCUACCCUAGAGUAUUGUGCAUAAAAAAGAUUUUUUCCCUUUAUAUUGUGUUCAUAUCAGUCGUUUUCACUCAGCUGUUACCUCGAACCCUAAAUCAUUUUCCCCUACCGCGACAUUGGACCCGCGACCGCGACAUUGGACCCGCGACCGCGACAUUGGACCCGCGACCGCGACUUUGGACCCGCGACCGCGACAUUGGACCCGCGACCGCGACAUUGGACCCGCGACUCGCGACCCGCGACUAUUAGUCAAACUCAUAAAAUUGUAGAGGAGGGAAUAAAAAAAAUUGAGGAGGGAAACUUCGUAAAAAGAUAGCUUGCUCUCUCUGUCUGUUUUAAUAGAUUUCUUUCAAAUCGCUCUGUAUUUGACUCUUUUUGUUUUAAACGGUAUCCCGUGUCCGCUUUUUUGCUAGCAAUUAUUAGUCGCGUGUUUAAUCAAUUGCUCCUUGUUAAGUUAUUUGUUUUAUAAUAAUACAUGAAGAUGGUCCCUUGAGGUUUUUUCUGUCGAGCUAAUUUGUAUUCAUCUUUGGGCUUGUGAACUCGCGUAAUUACCUGACUAACGGCGCGUGAAACGUUGAGACUUCAAUAGUUUUUCAUUUCCUCGAGAUAGAACGGAGAAAACAUACAGUUGUGUAAUAGUCAAACAAAAUUGAAAUAGAGAGUUUUCAGUUCCACUUUGUGUAUAUGUGCGUGUGUUUUGUUUAUAUAUCCGAGUUUUAGCGCUAAAUAAGAAGACGUAAACUUAAUUGAAAUAAAGACUUUUCAACUCCACUUUCUGUAUGUGUUUUGUUUAUAUGUCUGAGUUUUAGCGCUAAAUAAGAUAUAGGAAGCCGUUUCUCGCGUUGCUAGGUGAUCGCUUCUCUUAUGCCUAUUUUCCUUUUAAUAGACGGUCUGAAAACCGAGCUCAAGUUACUUAACGGGCAAGCCGAGGCAAGCCUAUUGUUUCUAGUGAAUAAGGGAGACGCUCAUUAGUAAACCUAUACCGAAUUAGUAUGCGGGAAGGCAUGUAAAUAUAAAUGACUUACCUAUACCUAUACGUAUACCUAUACACCAACGGGGUUAAUUCUGACCCUCUAUGACUACUAACAUCAAAAAUACCAUUUUCAGGUCUGUAGGUUUUGCAGAAUGAUUUGUGGUCUAAAUUUGCAACAAAAUCGUUCUCAAAAUAAACUGGCCUGUAAAAACGCCAUGAGAGGAGGGCACAGAAGUUGCUCUCCGGACUUUGGGCUCUUGACAUUCAGUAAAAGUACUGUGAUCUAUGAGCUUAAAAAGGGAGAACGUUAUGAGAAUACCUAAUGCCUUCUGCUUACUGUGUUGCCAUGACAAUUUGCACCCUCAGUGAUUGCUAACUUUUAGCGUUUGAAUGUUUUGACUAAGCAUGUCAGUAACCCCUGUAAUCUGCUACUGUUCUUGUGUAUACUUAUUCAACGUAAAAGUGCCCGUAACACUAAACACUGAAUGACUGGUCCCUAAACUUCUAUCAGAUGCAACAUUGAGAUUUGAGCCAAACAAAAUUAACUAGUUUCGUGGGAUCAGACCAAAAGUGAUUUGUCGUAUUGCCCUUGAAGAAAAAACUUCUACUUUUUAAAAUUUACCGAAGUAAAUCUCAAUGGCCGGUAAACAUUCGCGGUUAUUAGUACACUUUUACCCCCCUGACGUCAUAUUAUUUUGUCAUGUGGCCAACUCAGUGACUUUUGGCGGGAAACAGUUGUAGUUUUAGAUGUCAUGUGACCUUGAAGUAACCAAAGAGAGCGCUAGCUAUUAAGCAGCGUCUUCCUUCCGUCACGUGUACGUGCACAUUUUCAUUUAAAAUCUUUUGUGCGAUUAAGACUAUUGAAAAUCAAUUAUCUGCAACGUUUACUGAAAGGUUACUAAAAAGCAAACUCAAAAGGUUGCAAAUAAACUUAAAAAUCCUCCUUUGAGGCAAUUCCUAUGUUUACCUCGUUCGUAGGGGUUCCCUAUAGACUACGAGCAGUCAUUUUUCCUCAGUCCGUUGAGCGAAACGUGCGAGACACGAACAAGACACGCGCGUGACGGAACGCGCGAGACAGUACUCCCCUCACUUAUAAAUCUGAAGAAAAAGAGGGACAUGUCGCAGUCUAGCUUCCUUGUGUUGCUGCCAGCGCCUUGAAUUACAAGCUUUAGAAGUCAAGUAUUUGUUUGAGCUAUGGCGCUCUUUUCUCCUCUGUAGGAUACUAGAUGUGGUGAUGAACCGAUCGACCCAGACUCCCUGAAUUGUUAUCAUGUGGAUCAAUUUGGAAAAAGAGAUCAGGUGCCACCUCUCCUCUGCCGGUUAAGAGCGAAACCAACAAGGCUCCCUUGUCCCCUUACCACAACUCCUACUUCUGGAGAAGGGUCAAGCAGCUCUGGAGUUACUACUAGUACAGAACUUACCACAAAACGUCACAGCCAAGCGACGUAUGUUCAGUAUUCGGUUGCUUUAACUCUAGUAUUACUGCUUUUACAUUUGACAUGA